AUGUCGUUAACCAAACUUACAUAUUCAUUAUCUGAAUCUUCAAACCUUUCAAUAAUAUCUGAACUUUCAGAUCUUUCAACUGCACCAUUAGUUAAGUUAAAAUUUGAAACAAGUUCUUUAUGUAAUAAUUUUAUCGAUUUAACAGCUAUUUCGAAUGAAUCAUCAUUAGAUCUUGAGAUUCCUGAAAUAGAUAUAGAUAGUUCAGUAACAGACGAAUCUAAUAUUACUAUUAAAGCUUAUAAUUUUUUUACUAAAAAAUUAUGCAUAAAUGAAAUUCGAUAUUCACCAAUGCCGAUUGAAUAUCCCCCAACUUCUUUAGAAGGUACUGCUAUUGUUUAUAAUAUUUCUGGAUAG